CACAGAGAGAGUAGCAUGGCGUUUCAUAUUUAGCAGCGGGACAGAGCUCGCCAGCGCACUCCACUUUCUUUCUUCUUCACAGAAUUCGAUCUUUUUCCUGUUGGGCUCACACCCACCGCCAUUUUAUCCAUCCCCACUUGGUUUAUUUGCUCCAAGGACGAAAUCUUGAGCUCUUGCAUGUCAGAGAAGACCACCUUGUAGGUGUAGUUAAUGCUCUUUCAGUCUUGGUUCUGAUUUUUAGAGCACCCUUUCAACUACCUCUACCAAUUAUCUCUUAUCCUCCUUAAUUCCCUUCUUCUUCGUCUUCCCUCUCUCUCUCACUUCCUUCUUCUUCUUCUUCUUCCAUUGCUUUUAAGCCAGCACAGAUGGGCUCAUGUGCUUCCCUUUGCAGUACACCGGAAUGCUCCGCCGUGAAGCCUCCGCCGGCGCCGUUGGAGACUGUGACGGACAAGUUUGAGAUUCCGCCUUCACCGAUCAAACACUACAAGCUCCAGGACAACGCCGAUUCUGUCUUCAAGGACAUCUCUGUAGUACCCCCUCACCACAAGACGCCUUCUGGCAGCAAAGAAGAAGCCUUCUUUGAUUCUCGAGCGUGGUUGGAUUCCGAUUGUGAAGAUUUCUUCAGUGUCAAAGGAGAUUUCACCCCAUCCAGAGACAAUACUCCUAUUCACCACCGCUUCCCGGCGGGAACUCCCCGAGCUAGCCAAGCCGGUGCCGACGACAAACCAUCGACAUUCAACUCGUCGCCAUUACCGACGAAGAGGAGGAAGAAACUGGCUGAUCUGUUCCGAGAGAGCCUCGGAGAUGAGGCGAGUUUUGCUUUCCUAAAUCACAACGACAAUCGAAAAACCGAUGAGCCUUGCCUUCCGGGAACGGGUUCGGUCCGCAAUAGCGAGAGGACCGUCGGCAACGGCGUUGAUGACAAAAAUAUGAUCGGAUUUGAGUCGAAGUUCUGUUGCCUUCCGCCGCUGGUUUCGCGUAACGGUUCGCGCGAGAGGGAGGAGGAAUUGAAGGUUGUUAAUGGCGUAUCUUGAGCCCUAAAUGGGUGGAGAACUCACGAAGAAGGGCAAGAACAGGGGAUCGUGGCAGAGGAGAAGUGGGACCUUGAACUUUAAGGUUCGAUCUUUAUAAAUUGAAAUAAAAUCAGAUCCUCUGUGCAUGGAUAAUCAUUUGAAGUGCGGAAUAUAAAAUGUGAAUAUUUAUUAUUACAAUUAAAACUGAAAUUGCAAUAUUGUAUUGACGAUUUUCAUUUGCAAGAAAGAAGAAGAUGUUUUAAUCUUU